UCCAUCCUCGCAUACAACGGCGCCUCCAUCAUCGCCAUGAAGGGCAAGGGCUGCGUCGCCAUUGCCGCCGAUCGCCGCUUUGGCAUCCAAGCCCAGACCGUCUCCACCGACUUUCAAAAAACCUUCAAGAUGGGCGAUCGCCUGUUCAUCGGUCUGGCCGGUCUUGCUACUGACGUGCAGACAGUGGCAAGCAAGCUCCAGUUCCGGGUCAACAUGUAUCACCUCCGGGAAGAGCGUUCCGUCGCGCCUGAAACGUUCAUGAACAUUGUCGCGAACGUGCUCUACGAAAAGCGAUUUGGCCCGUUCUUCAUUGAACCCGUUAUUGCCGGCCUUGAUCCCGUCUCUGGCGAGCCCUUCGUUGCCGCAACAGACCUGAUUGGCUGCCCCGAUGUUGCAGACGACUUUGCCGUUGUUGGCACUGCUAGUGAGCAACUUUACGGCAUGUGCGAGUCCAUGUAUGAGCCAAAUCUCGAGCCGGAGGAUUUGUUUGAGGUUGUGUCUCAAUGUCUCAUGAAUGGCUGCGAUCGUGAUGCCAUCAGUGGUUGGGGCGCAGUCGUGCACAUCAUUGAAAAGGACAAAGUAACAACUCGGACACUGAAAGCUCGAAUGGAUUAACCAAAAAAAAAAAAAAAACCAAACACUUCGUGUCGUAGUUUUGCUCGUGUUAUCACCACUGGUUUGUGGAUGUGCCUGUUGCUCUGUAUAAUUUCAAAAUGUCAUUCCUCGUCCUUGCU